CCAAACUUAUACUAACGAUGAAGCUCGUUGUGACACUGCUAGUUCUAACGUUUCUUAUUUCGGCCAGUGCAAAAAAGAAAGUGCGUGCCAGGAUCGCCGGAGGCUAUAGAGUCCAGCCUUAUACGAUGACAUACCUCGUUGGAAUUCUCUUCGCCAAAUCGCACCAGUCCAAGAUUGAGUUAGGGGCCGGCACAAUAAUAUCGAACCAAUGGGUCAUCACAGUCAGGGAUGUCCUGAUCUAUGAGUUUAUCGAGGUACACUUCGGCUCAAGGAGACCGUGGUGGGGCUAUCGCCGUAAAAGGGUCUACAGUCAAAACUUCUACUUACACUAUGAUAAAAAUCGCACACUUGCCUUGGUAAAGGUACCGUACCAGAAAUUCGACGAACGUCUAGACAGAGUACGUAUUCCACCAUAUAAAGAUUGGCGCAAUCGCUAUUUGGGAUAUAGGACCGCAAUAUGCGGUUGGGGAAAUGGAAAAGUUGGAGACAAGGCACCCGAUUGGCUGCGCUGCGCUGUAGUAGCGCCCAUUUCCAACAAGGAGUGCGCCAAGUAUUAUCCCCCAUUGCAAUAUUAUGAAAUGUGCACAUCCGGAGUUGACAACAAAGGUGUUUGCGAGGGCGACGUUGGCGGUUCUGUGGUUUCUUUAGUGGGUAAAAUGACACUGAUUGGCGUUAUAAAUCUUAGACCCGACAACUGCAGUGGGGGCUGGCCAUCGAUACACAUACGGAUCAGUGAUCACUUAUUGUGGAUAAAGUCAGUCUCUGGAGUAUCUUACUGAUAAGCAAAGUCAUGGUCAUACAUUACUAAACACAAUAAUAUUGGACAGAUAUAUUAUUGUGCAAUCCUGAAACUGGUUUUCAAGUAGUAAUCAAAAAACAUCCACCAACGAUUAUAUUUAAGUAGCUUAAUAGCAUUAAAACAAUGAUUGUAGCUUUAUAAAUAAAUAAAACCAUUUUAUCAACAUUAUA